AGGCUAAAUCUUGUUAUGUCGGUUGUGAUUUUAAUGGUCUCGUAAGCGCGCCUGCAUGCCAAGAUGGGAGCAGGUUGGGAGCCUAAGAGGACAUUGGUAAUGGAGAAUACAGAUUAGACGGAGGUGUGUGUUGUGUGGUACAGUGUGCUAUAGGCCGAGAAAGAGCUAGAGAGAGAGAGAGAGCGAGAGAGGGAGAGGAGGGAAAAGAUAAACAAAACGUUCGUUCCGUCGCCUGUGAACCACGAUGACCGCCAUGUCAGCAGAAGACCACGAGGACAUCACCGUCGACGGUGCGUCGAGUCGCGAAACUUCUCCCGCGCCGGGAUCUCCAGGAGGCCGCGCCCGUAGCAGCUCGCCGCUAAACCUGAGUAGGGACGAGGCCCUGCACGGCCGCCUUCCCGGGGACGCCCGCAGCCCCAAGGGACAGCACGGCCGCUUGUCCUUCAGCAUCUCUUCGCUGCUGGAGUCGUCGGGCCGCGCGGCCGCCUUCCGCCACCGCCUCCUGGAGGAGGGAAGUGAAUCUGACCGCGAGUGCGAGGGUGGUUUCGGCGGUGAUCUCGAGCACCAUAGUAGUAGGCACAGUGACCGAGACAGUGAACGGUGCGAGAGAGACAGAGACAGCAGCGAGAGGAGUGACAGGUUGGAGCGCGAGGCCGAGGAGCGCGAGCGCCUGAGUUGUGCCGGCAGCGAGGCAGAAGGCGACGACGACGAUGGCGACGCGCGGGGCCCCUUCCAGCCCUUCACCUACACUCACAUGCCCUUCAUGGGCGCUGCGGGCGGCCUCCUCCCGCACUUUUCUCUCGUGCCACCCAUGGGCGCCGCUGCGGCCGCCGUGGCAGCUGGUCUGGGCAGCCAAGGGUCCUUAGGGGCUAUGACGGGCCCCGGGGGGGUCAUCAGGGUCCCAGCACACAGACCUUCCAUGGGAGGGGCGGCUCCUGCGGCCAAUAUGGGAUCCAUGUUGCCCCAUCUAGGAGGCGCCCCUCUGCCAUGGCUGGCAGGACUCACGCCCUUGGAGAGAACCGCGGCUAUGGCACAUCACCUGUCUACACUGGCGCCCAUGACAGGAGAGUGGUUUACACCUGGGAAAAUUUUACAGCAGAUAACGCAAGGUCCAUUCGGCUUUCCAAGGAGGAUAGGUCACCCUUAUCAGUCAAGGACUCCUCCGAAGAGGAAGAAGCCAAGGACCUCCUUCACUAGAGUUCAAGUGAACGAGUUGGAGAAGAGGUUCAACAAGCAGAAGUACCUGGCAUCGAGUGAGAGGGCAGCCUUAGCCAAACAGCUCAAGAUGACCGACGCCCAGGUCAAGACCUGGUUCCAGAAUAGGAGAACCAAGUGGAGGCGACAGGAAGCAGAGGACCGAGAGGCCGAACGCCAUGCCACCAAUCGCCUGAUGUUGGGUAUCCCCGAAGGUGCCUCCAAGCCCCUGUACCCAGACGCCCAGGACUCCAGUCUAACGCCCUUGCCCCCCGUUCAGAUGCAGAGCCCAAGUCCUCCGCUCCCAGCGGUGUGAAACAGAGCCUUCUUCGGGAUACCUCGGCCGCCGCUGGUAGCUCCUCCUCCUCCUCCUCCUACUUCGCAGGGAAGGCAAUGAUGGCGAGGAAGGAGAUCUCGUGUAUGACAGAUCUCCCCCUGCUUUGGAGGUUCUCCUCCUCCUCCCCUCCUCCUCAAAAUGAUUUUCUCGUUUCUUUUUUCGCUCAAACUUCUUCUGUCCCCGCUCUUCGCUUUCCUGGAUAUGGUAACUGAAAGGCAACUUUUAAAAUAAACCUAUGGGUACUUGUCUCUCUCUCUCUCUCUCUCUCUCUCUCUCUCUAUCUCUCUCUCUCUCUCUAAGUGUACGGAGGAAAACAGUACAUAAGGGAGGAAAAGAAGAGGAGACGAAUUCAGAAGAUCCAAGGGAUCCCGCCGAUACCUAUAGCUCUUCAAGCCAAGGAAGACGGAAGGCACUGGAGUGCCCGUACGACUCUUUAUUAUAAAGAGUUCCAGUUCAACCCUAGGCCGUGUCCUAGACUCUUCUUCUUCAGCCGCCUGACGAAGGGGCGCGUCAAACGGGAGGCUAACUGGAAGGACACGACGGACAGACGUCUAGCAGCCAAGGAGUCCGAAUUAGCUAACGCCCUUGGAACGAGAAGCGCACGAAGGAAGGAAUUUAUGCUUUAUAGAGAACAGUGCAAGUGUAGCCCGAGUGACUGAGACUAAUUUAUUUUUAGAUAAUGUAAGAAGUGUCCGUUAGUGAUUUUCAUAGGAGGCCAUUAACAGUAUCAUGUAUACAGUAAAAGUACAGUUCAUAUUCCCCGCUCCCCCUCCCCCUCAACCCCAACUAGGUACAAGUCAAAAUGCCUGGAUGCGUUUCUUUGUUAUGUAUAUAAUAUACAACGCCAGGAAAGGUCGCGUGAAAGAAAGUGAGAGAAUGUUAGUACGUUAUUUCAUAAUAAAACUAACAAUAAAAAAGUAAACUUUUUGUACUUCACUGUGACAGCUACUACAGUUUUUUUUUUUUUUUCACGUCUCUUUCAGAGGCGCAUUCAUUUGGAAGUAGCUCCUUAUUUCUCGGUUUCAUUCUGUGUUCGAAAUUCCAGAGACAUCUCGCCAUCGAGAGCAGUUGGCCUCCGGCGCCGCAUCUGAUGACUGACGUUAAUAAGUGCUAUUAUAAUACAUUAUUUAAGAAAUAGCGAAAACAUAAAAAAAUGUGGACUUAGAAUCUCUGAAUGUUUUGUAGUUACGGUGUCUUAAAUAGUGAUUGUGAGUGGCGAGUGGGAGCACUCCGACCUGUAAAUAAAUAUUAAUAUCUCAA